AUGAGGAAGAACGUCCUGACGUUCCUCAGAGCUGUCUGGCAGAACAUAGAACACAAGCUGAGAGGCUAUUCCGACAGCCAAGAAUCCUGGGAAGAUCUGGAUGACAUCAAGAAGGUUUUCUGGUUCAGCAAGACCGAUGUGUCAGAAUACAUCACCAACAACUGGAAGCAAGACGUCUUCUUCGGAUACCAAUUCCUGAACGGACUGAACCCCAGGGUGCUGGAGAGGUGUAUGAAGAUCCCCUCCAUUUUCCCCGUUACUCAGGAGAUGGUCGCGCCCUUCCUUGGAGGCUCCACCACGCUGCAGAAAGAGCUGGAGGAGGGCAGGAUUUUCAUUGCCGAUUAUCGCAUCCUGGAGGAUGUCCCGGCAGGGCUGAAUAACGGACGCCGGCAGCACGUGGCCGCCCCGCUGUGCCUGCUCCACCUCUCGGCCCAAGACCAGCUCCUGCCUCUGGCCAUCCAGCUGACCCAGCGGCCCGGUCCUCAGUCUCCCAUCUUCCUGCCCAGCGACUCUGAAUGGGACUGGAUCUUGGCCAAGACAUGGGUCCGUAACGCCGACUUCCAUGUCCACCAGGCUCUCACCCACCUGCUCCGGACGCACCUGCUGGGAGAGGCAUUUGCCAUGGCCGUAAUCCGCCAGCUCCCCCUGUGCCACCCAAUCUAUAAGCUCCUGAUUCCCCACAUGCGCUAUACUUUUCAAAUCAACACGGCGGGGCGCAGCCACCUUUUUUCGAAAGGUGGCAUCUUUGAUAGUACGUCAGUCGGGAAUCUUACCACCAUGAUGUUGCUGACGGGAAGCCAUGUUAAGAUUUCCCCAAAGAAGCUCAAGACUAAUGCCAUUCGAGCAAAGCCCAAUUUUCACUACAAGGAUGAUGGUCUGAAGAUCUGGGCAGCCACAGAAAGUUUUGUCUCUGGCAUCGUUGACUUGUAUUAUCGAGACGAUCACUCUGUAAGUGAAGAUCCGGAACUCCAGGCUUGGAUUGAGGAGAUCUUCAACAGAGGCUUCAUGGGAGAGAAAUCUUCAGGUAUCCCUUCCUCCUUCAGCACCGUGAAAGAGCUGAAGAAGUUCUUGACUAUGGUGAUUUUUGCCUGUUCCGCCCAGCACGCUGCUGUCAACAGCGGACAGUUUGAUUUUGGCUCCUGGAUGCCCAACUCUCCGGCUUCCAUGAGAAAACCCCCUCCUACCACCAAGGGCCAGGCGAACGAAGACAACUACAGGGAGACGAUCCCAGAAAUCAACACCACAUGCAUCAUCCUGAGCACCGUCUGGCUGCUCAGCGCCUAUCCAGGAGACACGAUCCCCCUGGGGCGUUACCCUGACAAGCAUUUCACAGAGGAAGCCCCCAAGAAAUUGAUUUUGGCCUUCCAGAAACGCCUGAUGGAGAUUUCCAAAGAAAUUGGGAAGAGGAACGAAGUUCUGGUUCAGAAGGAUAACCCCGUCCCUCUCCGCUACGAAUAUCUGUACCCCCCUAUGGUGGAGAACAGUAUCUCCAUAUAAACUACAGCAGAAAUACAGAGUGUGGAAAUAAUGUAUUCACCUUAAAAUAAUUAAUUUUGUGUCCGCCGAAGGGAAA